GUCAAACUCUGACUCAGCUAAUACCCAAUAAGCUUAAAUGACAAGCGAUGCAUAACAGCGCGCAAAAACUCAUAUAAACCAGAAACAAAAUCUCUCUGCGUAGAACUCAAUUUUUAAUUCUUUUUGUUCAUCAUGUCUGGAUUUUUCGCACCUGGCCGAAGUCGCACUUUUAUGCAAUUUUUGUCCAUUGAUUCUGAAAUCUUCCCACUUCUUGCAGUGGUAGCAACGACUUUUGGCGUCGCUGGUUACGUUGCCGGUGCCAAAGUCGACUCGCAUUUUUCAAAGCUGGUACAUUUGACGCCCAGUGGUCAUCCAUGGAGUAAUGAAGCUGAAGCUACACAACCGGAAUACAAGUACAAAUUUUACCGACAUGCCGAUCCGGCCCAACAAAGCAUGGUAAAUGAUGUUUGUGUAUGAUAACUGUUGGAGAUAAUGCUAACGUACAUGGUUUUCAAACUCUGUAGCCUGCACCUAGCGCCAUGGUGGAGCACGUCCGAACGGUACAAGCUCCGAAAAAUCAAAUUCCUUCACAAAUGCUAGCUUAAAAAUUUCGAAAUAGGCUGGUGGUCAAAUAAACUAGGAUAGUCAAUUUUUCAGCUACAAUAUACACAAGCUUU